CCACAGCCCACAGCCACCGACAAGCGGGCCGAACUCCCCACGUGCUCACCGUUACUCCGACGAAGUCAACCACCGCCGGGAAGCCGGAAACCGCGACCGCAAAAGGCUUGGUGGAUACCACUAGCCGGCAUCCCCUCUGCUUGCCAGCCGGCCUGCACGCCCGCUAGCAUAAAGCCGCUCCCGGGCUCUCCAAUCCCGCCGGCGUCCAGAGCUCACACCACACCAUUCUCCCAGCUCACUCCGGCGAUGGCACCGCCCGGGGACCCGCCGCUGGCGACCAAGUACUUCUGGGGCGACACCCCGGAGCCCGACGAGUACUACGCCGCGCAGGGGCUCCGCCACGCCGAGUCCUACUUCCAGUCCCCGCACGGCCGCCUCUUCACCCACGCCUUCCACCCGCUCUCCGGCGACGUCAAGGGCGCCGUCUUCAUGACCCACGGCUACGGCUCCGACUCCUCCUGGCUCUUCCAGACCGCCGCCAUCAGCUACGCGCGCUGGGGGUACGCCGUCUUCUGCGCCGACCUCCUCGGCCACGGCCGCUCCGACGGCCUCCGCGGGUACCUCGGCGACAUGGAGGCCGCGGCCGCCGCGUCCCUCGCCUUCUUCCUCUCCGUGCGCGCCAGCGAGGCGUACGCCGCGCUCCCAGCGUUCCUGUUCGGCGAGUCCAUGGGCGGCGCCGCCACGCUGCUCAUGUACCUCCGCUCCCCGCCGUCCGCGCGCUGGACGGGGCUCGUCCUCUCGGCGCCGCUCCUCGUCAUCCCCGACGGCAUGUACCCGUCCCGCGUCCGGCUCUUCCUGUACGGGCUCCUCUUCGGCCUCGCCGACACCUGGGCCGUGCUCCCGGACAAGAGGAUGGUGGGGAAGGCGAUCAAGGACCCGGACAAGCUGCGGCUCAUCGCGUCCAACCCGCGCCUCUACCGCGGCGCGCCGCGGGUGGGCACGAUGCGGGAGCUGGCCCGCGUGACGGAGAUGCUGCGGGGCAGCCUCGGGGAGGUGACCGCGCCGUUCCUCGCCGUGCACGGGACCGACGACGGCGUGACCUCGCCGGAGGGGUCCAGGAUGCUGUACGAGCGCGCGCGCAGCGAGGACAAGGAGCUCAUCCUGUACGAGGGGAUGUACCACUCGCUCAUCCAGGGCGAGCCCGACGAGAACCGCGACCGCGUGCUCGCCGACAUGCGCAGGUGGAUCGACGAGCGCGUGCGCCGCUACGGCCUGGCCGCCGCAGCCGCCAACGGGGACCGCGACAAGGAGGCGCCGCCGGCCUGACGGUGCGGUGCUGUGUUGGCUGUUCCCAUCGCACAACUCCAUUCCUUUUUCUUUUUUUUUUGGGUAAUCGCUUGUAGUUCUACGAAGACGAUGGAUGCCCAUUGCCAUCGACUGCAAGAAAGAUCUGAACUAUAGCUUUUGCUUUCAUUCAUUGGAUCAAAUGUGCUGCAAGAAACGAUCUUUUUAGACAAACAAGAAACGAUUUGAUCUGCGGAUCGAUCAUCGUUUUGA